UUUAAUGUAAAAUCACAAUUCUUUAAAAAUGACGCCAAAACUGCUCGGAAUAACGCCGGGAGUGAUACUCCUGCUGACGCUGCUGAUAACCUUUGGCCAGGCCGGGCCGCGGCGGAGUCGUUGGCGCAACGGGAACGGGUUCUACCAGCGUGGGCUGCGCGAAGAGUACCGGACCUACCCGGGCAACUCGGGAUGGGACGCUGCCGGGGGAAAGUGUGGCUAUGAGUCCUGCCCGGAGAUCAAGAAAGACAUGCUGAACGUCCACCUGGUGCCGCACACCCACGAUGACGUCGGCUGGCUCAAGACGGUGGACCAGUACUACUACGGAAGUAAGACCCUCAUCCAAAAGGCUGGGGUGCAGUACAUCUUGGACUCGGUGAUCGAGGCGCUGCUGAGGGAUCCAGCGCGGAAGUUUAUCUACGUGGAGACGGCGUUCUUCUUCAAGUGGUGGGACGAGCAGACGGAGGAGUUGAAGGAGCAGGUUAGGGAGUUGGUGAACCAGGGACGGUUGGAGUUUAUUGGUGGGGCUUGGAGCAUGAACGAUGAGGCGGCGACGCACUACCAGAGUAUCAUCGAUCAGUUUACGUGGGGGUUGAGGCUGUUGAACGAUACGUUUGGGGAGUGUGGACGGCCGAGGAUUGGGUGGCAGAUCGAUCCGUUUGGACAUUCGAGGGAGCAGGCGUCGAUCUUUGCCCAGAUGGGAUUCGACGGGUACUUUUUUGGACGGUUGGACUAUGAAGACAAGCGGCAGCGACUGUCGAAGAAGAAUGCGGAGAUGAUCUGGAAGGCCAGUGAGAAUCUGGCGGAUGGUGACCUGUUCACUGGAGUGCUGUACAACACGUAUCAACCUCCGCCAGGGUUCUGCUUCGAUAUUCUGUGCUCGGACGAGCCGUUCAUGGAUAGUCCGUACAGUGCGGAGAACAAUGUGGAUGCGAAGGUUGACCUGUUCAUAAGCACCGUACUUAACAUGAGUACCGCGUACCGCACUAACAACAUCCUCCUCACAAUGGGUGAGGACUUUCACUAUCAGUACGCCGAAAUGUGGUUCAAGAACCAAGAUAAGCUCAUCAAGUACACGAACGCUCAUCAGUCUAACGGAUCCGCUGUGAACGUUUUCUACUCGACGCCUUCGUGCUAUCUGAAAGCCCUGCACGACGCGGACAUUACGUGGCCCACAAAGUCGGAUGACUUCUUCCCGUACGCGUCCGAUCCGCACGCCUUCUGGACGGGUUACUUCACGUCGCGACCAACGGUGAAGCGAUUCGAGCGGGUUGGUAAUCACUUCCUGCAGGUCUGCAAGCAGUUGACGGCGUUGGCACCGUCCAAGGAGGGUCACUUUGGGCCGCACCUGAACGUGCUGAGGGAAGCUAUGGGGGUGAUGCAGCAUCACGAUGCGGUUACGGGCACCGAGAAGCAGCACGUGGCGAAUGAUUACUCGAGGAUGUUGCACCGGGCGAUCGAGGCUUGCGGGGCGAAUACGCAGAUCGUGCUGAACCAGAUUGUUGAUCCGGUGCAGAAGAAGGGCUACGGGAAGAAGCAGAACCACGGGGUUAAGCGGGACUUUACGUUCGAGUUUGACACUUGCCACUUGCUGAACAUCAGCAAGUGUGAGAUAACUGAGUCAAAGGACAACUUCAUGGUCACGUUGUACAACCCGUUGGCGCAUUCCGGUUAUCAGUACGUGAGACUUCCCGUUUCCGGCAGCAAAUACGUAGUCAAGGACUACCGUGGUAUUGAGACGCCCUCGCAGAUGGUCCCCAUCCCGGAAAGUGUCCAAAACUUGAACUACCGCUUCAGCAACGCCAGCUACGAAGUGGUCUUCCUAGCGAACGAACUGCCACCUCUUGGUUUUAAAUCGUACUACGUAUCACGGAUCAUCGAGUCCGUCGACGACUUCUCCAAGGACUCGAACCCGUCAGUGCGCGUUCAAGCUGACCAGCCGCACUUUGGAAGUGGGUGGCACUCGGAGGAGGUCACCAUCGGGAACAAGUACCUGAACAUCAGCUUCGAUAGCAACGGGUUCCUGAGCUCGAUCGUUGCCAACGGGAUCAGCAGUCGGCUGAGGCAGACGUUCGUGUACUACGAAGCUGCGCUCGGGGAUAACAAAGAGUUCAGCAAUCGCUCCUCCGGAGCGUACAUCUUCCGUCCGAACGGGACGGAGAAGUUCGUGACGGAGUCCGUGCAGCUUCGAGUCGUUAAGGGUAACGUGGUUCAGGAAGUCCACCAAGUGUUCAACGAGUGGAUCAGCCAGGUGGUUCGCGUCUACGCUGACGAGAAUCACGUCGAGUUCGAGUGGCUGGUUGGGGACAUCCCGAUCGAGGACGGCAUCGGCAAGGAGGUUGUGUCCCGGUUCUACACUGCUGCGCAGUCCAACGGCGUCUUCUACACGGACUCCAACGGUCGCGAGAUGAUCAAGCGGACGCGUAACCAUCGCGACACUUGGGAUCUUCACCUGGAGGAGCCGAUCGCCGGGAACUACUACCCGGUUACGGCGAAGAUCGCGCUGGAAGACGAGAACCUUCGACUUGCCGUGUUGACUGAUCGUGCUCAGGGUGGUUCCAGCUUGGAGGAUGGAGCACUGGAACUGAUGGUCCAUCGAAGACUUCUGCACGACGACGCGUUCGGAGUUGAGGAAGCCCUGGACGAGCGGGCUUUCGGCAGGGGACUGGUAGCUCGAGGAAAGCACUACGUCCUCUUCGGCUCCAAGAAGACCAGCAAUCCUACCUUGCAGGCAAGGGAGCGAUUCCUGCAGAACCAGGUUCUACUCCCAACCUGGAUCUUCCUCAGCGAUACCAGCAAGUUCAAGUACGAGGACUGGCAGAAGCGCUUCACCAACAUCUACUCCGCCCUCUCGCUGUCCCUCCCCCUCAACGUCAACCUGAUGACGUUCGAGCCCUGGAAGGACAACAGCAUCCUCGUCCGGUUCGAGCACCUGCUCGAAAAGGGCGAAGACCAGCUGUACUCGAAGCCGGUGCGCUUCAACCUGCAGGACAUCUUCCGCUCGCUCAGCAUCGACGAGGUGCGCGAGACGACCCUGGCCGGCAACCAGUGGAAGGAGGACAACAAGCGGUUCAAGUUCAAGCCGGAUCCGGCCUACCUGCAGCACGUGACGAGGGCGUCACUGUUUGGUAAGGGGGGUCCGAACGCUGCAGCGGAUAAGGGAGGAGUGCCGAUGGAGUCGAACGGGGAAACGCAACACCAGGAGGAGGAGGCGACGGAAAGUUUGAGGAAUGUGAGCAACGAGGGGUACGAGAUUGUGCUAGGGCCGAUGCAGAUUCGGACCUUUGUGCUGCAGCUCGAGUUUAGGCCAUAAAACAGUGUGAUUUGCAUGAUGAUUUUUUAAAGUGACUGAUUAUGAACAAAUUAAAGGAUAAGAUCGAUAAAA